AUGAGUUCCUACGAUACCGAGUCCAUGGACCUUUGGGUUCCAGGCACUGAGGUCAAAGGCUCGGGGAACCUGACAUGGGAGCAACUGGAUUUCAAUCGCAAUUGCACAAACUGGGGCCAAUGGCUAGCUGCGAUGCUCCAACCGGACACCUGGGAUCCAAAAUCGACUCGAGGAAUGAGUGUCCAGUUGUCAAUGAGAUUGUACUCUACAGCCAUGCCGAAGGGAUACGAAACGACAUACUCUGAUGUAUCAUACUGGUUCGCUUACAAUAUGUACCAUACACCAUACCCAGCAAACUCGAGCGAUCCAGAUUACUACCUUUUCAGCACUCGAUUCAACGAAACUGUUUUGUGGGGUCCGAAGGCGCAUUGCGAGGCCGAAUUCUGCAAGGCCGUCGGAUACACAGGAAGCCAAGAUCUUUGCGGUAUUGGGGUCGUGGUGUCUUACUACCUCGAAGGCAUCCUAGCAACAAUGUACCUCCUUGCAUUUACUAUCCACCAACUGCGUCGUCACUUCAACAAGAAUAUUUACGAAAAGACACGGCCAAAGCAGAAACAAGGGUUUAGUGGCCGCAUUCUCGACUCGUUCCGUGGAUCCCUUGACAUGUUCCUUAGCGGCUCAAUGCUGAUUUCCAUGGCCAUGCUCGGAGCCUCCGUCUACUCAGCCGCAGCAGACGUCAAGGAGAGAUCAGAGAUCAAUCCUGACCUGCCAUCGGCGGAUGCGAUUUACGAGCAAGCAUUGGCACUUAUCGCAUCCAACUUCUCUGUGUUUCCAGUCAUGUUGCUCUACGCCCUGGCCAAGCAUGAUGGCCAUCGCAAAUGGCUUCAUCGCUCUGUCCUUGCUCUUCUCUGGGGAUUGAGUGCAACAGUCGUUUAUUUAGCGCCAAGGGCCGAGAUAGACUACAACCAACGAAAGAGUGGACACAGGAAUUUUGACUGCGAUCAGCGCGGCUCGCAGUACUGGCCCGUCGUCAAGGCCACUCAGUUCUUGGUCAUUGCCCUGCCAAUGAUAUGGCUUCUCCUUACGCUCUUUGUCACUACUGGGUUCAAGAUUCCCGGCAUGGUCGACAAGCCGUGGGUCAAGAGAUGGAGAUCUUCCUGGCGAAUGCUAGUUGCUUGGAUCAACUUGUUGGUCAUGUGGGGGAUCUUGGGCUACUUCACUCACUUCCGCCAGAAAAUUAUUAAUGCUGCUGAUGGCAUCGACAAGAAUGACAAGUGGACCUUUGGGCAAGUUCUUGCGCUGGCAACGUGGGUACCAAUCGUCGCUGAGCUGCUCUACAUCUUGAUCUUCGGCCUAGAAGAGGGCUUGUCAGGCCAUAUGCCUGCCGAUUACCAUGCGACACAUGUUACGCAGCCAGACCAGACCAUGGGAGUUCCUCUUCUCGACAGAGGCUCCAUGUACGACAUGAAGCAUACCUCAACCAUGUCAACAAUGUCUAUAUCUACGUCAUUAUCGUCGCCGGCGACUCCUGGACAGGUUCAAACUCCGAUGUGGCAGCAGAACUCUGGAUACCAGCACAGCCCUGUGUACCAGCCAGUUAACAUGCAACAGCCCCACGUCCAGCAUCAUCAAAGCUGGGAUGGAUACUAUCACACGGGAUGGUAG